AUUGUUGGUAAACGCUAAACCACGUGCGGGCGCCAAUUCGGGUGGCCCAGGUGUGCGCAUGCGCACUGGUUACAGCCUGUACGCAAGCGCGCGCUACUGGGCGGAAGCAACAGUCGCAGUCGCAGUCGCACAUGGGACCAGGCGUGAUGGAGGGGGUGAUGCAUGCUGAUCCCAAGAUUCACACGGAGCCUGGAACAGAGUCCAGCCCUCGGGGCCCCGGUUGCAGCCUCAGGCACUUGGCCUGCGAACAGAACCUGCUGUCGCGGCCGGAUGGCUCUGCUUCUUUCAUGCAAGGUGAUACCUCCGUCCUGGCAGGUGUAUACGGGCCAGCUGAGGUAAAGGUCAGCAAAGAGAUCUUCAACAAGGCCACGCUUGAAGUGAUCCUGAGGCCGAAGAUUGGGCUGCCUGGCGUUGCAGAGAAGAGCCGGGAGCGGCUGAUCAGGAACACGUGCGAGGCAGUGGUGCUGGGAGUGCUGCACCCCCGCACCUCCAUCACUGUGGUGCUACAGGUUGUCAGCGAUGCCGGUUCUCUCCUGGCUUGUUGCCUGAAUGCUGCCUGCAUGGCACUGGUGGAUGCAGGUGUGCCCAUGCAGGCUCUCUUCUGCGGGGUCACCUGUGCCCUGGACUCUGAUGGGACCCUCGUGCUGGACCCCACAGUGAAGCAGGAGAAGGAGGCCCGGGCAGUCCUGACCUUUGCACUUGACAGCGUGGAUCGGAAGCUGCUGAUGUCCAGCACCAAAGGGCUCUACUCUGAUGCUGAGCUCCAGCAGUGCCUGGCUGCGGCCCAGGCUGCCUCACAUCACGUCUUCCGCUUCUACCGGGAAUCACUGCAGAGGCGUUACUCCAAGAGCUGAGGCCCAUUGGGGCAGGUACCCUCCUGCUACUACCACUACCUCCAGCCUAAGGCAAGCCAGUGGCCCAGCCCUGCAGCUCUGUCCUUGUGUGCUCGCUGUCCUGCAGCUGCAGGGGAGGACAGAGCCUCAGCCCCUCACAGCCCCUGGGCCUGGGAGCAGAGAUUUUCUCCCACCAGGGAUAACAUUAAAAGGAGUUCACAUUUAUUGAA